AUGCCUAUCCGUGCGCUAUGUACCAUCUGCUCCGACUUCUUCGACCACUCCCGCGACGUAGCCGCCAUCCACUGCGGCCACACCUUCCAUCUUCAGUGCCUGAUUCAGUGGUUUGAGACAGCACCAAGUCGGACCUGCCCACAAUGCCGAAUCCAGGUUGGCAAAAGAACCAUUAUCAAUAAGCUCUUCUUUGACCUUGCCCAGGAGGAGGAGAAUGUCUUGGAUGCAGAGUUCUUAAAGAAUGAACUGGACAAUAUCAGAGCCCAGCUUUCCCAGAAAGAGAAGGAGAAGCGAGACAGCCAGGCCAUCAUUGACAGUCUGCGGGACACACUGGAAGAGCGCAAUGCCACAGUGGAAUCUCUGCAGCAGGCCUUAGACAAGGCUGAGAUGCUGUGCUCUACCCUCAAGAAGCAGAUGAAGUACUUGGAACAACAGCAGGAUGAGACCAAACAAGCACGGGAGGAGGCCCGCCGACUCAAGAGCAAGAUGAAGACCAUGGAACGGAUUGAGCUUCUACUCCAGAGCCAGCGGCCCGAGGUGGAGGAGAUGAUCCGAGACAUGGGUGUGGGCCAGUCAGCAGUGGAGCAGUUGGCUGUGUAUUGUGUGUCCCUUAAGAAAGAGUAUGAGAACCUAAAAGAGGCACGGAGAGCCUCAGGAGAACUGACUGAGAAGCUGAGGAAGGACUUGUUUUCUUCCAGAAGCAAGUUGCAGACAGUCUACUCCGAACUGGACCAGGUCAGGUUGGAGCUGAAGUCAGCCCAGAAGGACUUACAGAUUGCUGAUAAGGAAGUUACGAGCCUGAAGAAGAAGCUAACAAUGCUGCAGGAAACCCUGAACCUGCCACCAGUGACCAGUGAGACUGUCAACCGCCUGGUCUUAGAAAGUCCAGCUCCUAUGGAGAUGCUAAACCUGAAGCUCCGCCGGCCAGCCUUCAGCGAUGACAUUGACCUCAAUGCCACCUUUGAUGUGGACACGCCCCCGGCCCAGCCUUCUAGCUCCCAACAUGGCCUUGUAAAGAAGCUUUGCUUGGAGAAAGCACACUCUCCUGUUCAGAACAUCCUCAAGAAGAUGCCUAAAGGCCCUCAGCAGGAUUGCCAGCUCUCACUGGGCGGCCAGCGCUGUGUGGGAGAGCCAGAUGAGGAACUGGCUAGUGCCUUCCCAGUCUUCAUCCGGAAUGCCUUCCUGGGCCACAAACAGCCCAAGAGGACCAGGGCAGAGUCCUGUCAUAGCACAGAUGCGGUAAGGACAGGCUUCGAUGGACUUGGGGGCAGGACAAAAUUCAUCCAACCUAUUGACUCUGCUAUUAUCCGCCCAUUGCCUAUAAAGCCCAAGACCAAGGCUAAGCAUAGAAUGGGGAUGAGAACAGCACCCCCUCCCUCCCAGGCCAAGCUGGACACCUUCCUGCGAUAG